UUCUUUUUAUCUUUUAUUUUUGUUGUUCGUGUUUUUCUAGCGCUAAAAUUGCACUUCAUAAACUUUCUAGUUGUAUGAAAUGAAAACGAACAAAACGCUCAAAGACGAUAGACGCAAAUUAUUUUGUUGUCGGAAAGACAAGUGCAUUUAAAAAAUAAAAAAAAUCUAAUAUAAAAAAAAACAGUAUCACGUAACAUUCAUCAAAUCCAGAUAAUCUUAUCAAAAUACUCGCUCCACAAUAACGUGAUACUGAAAAAAAAAAGAAAUCGUUUUCUAUUUAUGUAUCGAUUUAACAGUAGCGGAGGCGACAUAAAAGAUAUAUUCCAAAAUAAUUUAAUCAAACUGCAAUAACAUGGCGCAAUCUAAAUUAAGUCAAGUAUUUAGUUAUCAAUCCUGGGUACAUGCUGUAUCUGGGGCAACCGGAGGUGUAAUUGCCAUGUCAGUAUUCUAUCCCUUGGACACAGUACGAUCACGAUUACAAGUUGAAAAUACCGAUCGUCGAAAAGCCCUAAACACCUUGCAAGUUAUCCAACAAUUGGUGCGUGAAGAAGGACUUUCAACUCUCUACCGCGGUUUAGUGCCUGUCCUACAAAGUUUAUGCAUUUCAAAUUUCGUUUACUUUUAUGCAUUUCAUAGUUUAAAAGCAUUAAAUGGCAGUACCCAGCAAAGUGCCAUACGUGAUCUAUUGCUAGGAUCGAUAGCUGGAAUAAUCAAUGUCCUAACUACAACACCUUUCUGGGUUGUAAAUACCCGCAUUAAGAUGCGAGGUGUUAGCGGUGUAGUAGAUGAUAAUUCAAAACACUACAAAAAUCUUCUGGAAGGACUAAUGUAUGUUGGCAAGACCGAAGGUAUGGCUGGAUUAUGGUCUGGUACAAUUCCAUCAUUGAUGUUGGUUAUAAAUCCAGCAUUGCAAUUUAUGAUGUAUGAGAUGUUAAAAAGAAGAUUCACCAGUCCCAACGGAGAAACAUCUAGUUUAUCAUAUUUCUUGAUUGGAGCUGCAGCUAAAGCCUUUGCAACUGUCUUAACGUAUCCUUUACAAUUGGUCCAGACUAAACAGCGUCAUCGAUCAAAAUCUGAUGAGUUUGUUGCCAAAAAUGCUGGAACUAUACAAAUGAUUAUGAUGAUAUUGAGACAACAAGGAGCUAAAGGACUAUUUCGUGGAUUAGAAGCAAAAAUUCUACAAACUGUUUUAACUGCAGCUCUUAUGUUUUCCAUAUACGAAAAAGUGGCCAAAGGUGUUAAUGUUGUUUUGGCAAAGAAAUCAUGAAACAAAAGAGAUUCGUUGAAAGAUGUGGUGAUAGUAGUUUAAAAAUAAAACCAAAGGUGUGUGAAAUUAAUUUUUUAAUUCAAAGAUAAGAAAAAAAGAAAAAAUAACAAUAUUAACCAAAGAAUAUACAAAAAUAAAGCUAAGAAUACUUUAA